AUGACAGACAGUGGUGUACAGUGCUGUACAGUGGGGGCGUACAGUAAUGUACAGGGAUGUACAAAAAAUAACAAUGUAGUGUGUAACAAAUGUAGACAGUUAUGCUAUUCGUCAAUGAAAUCAGAAGCUACUGUCAAUAAUGAAAUAGGAAAAGAGAAUGCUAAUCCUAAAGGUCCACAAGCGUCUAUUCAUGGCGGUUGGUCAACUUGGGGUCCAUAUGACAGAUGGAGUGUCUGUACAGUUACCUGUGGAGGAGGAGUUCAACAGAGUUUGAGGACAAGGGAAUGCAAUAACCCUAAACCAGAAAAUGGGGGACGUGUUUGUGAGGGGCCUCAGGAGGAUAAAAAGGAGAAAGCAUGCAACUCACAGCCAUGUCCUGUCAACGGCCAAUGGUCGUUAUUUGUUCCGUUUGGAGACUGGAGUCAGUGUUCCUCUUCUUGUAACAAUGGAACUAGGACACGUGCAAGAAUCCGAUAUUGUUCUAAUCCAAUCCCACUGUAUGGUGGUAAACCAUGUGUUGGUCAGAGCCUCUCCACGGAAACCCUGACCUGUAAUUUAAAACAAUGUGUUGGUAAGAUUCUUUUGCUUCUAUACGCAUAA